GAAAAUUAUCUAUCCAUUUUCUCUUCAAAUCAUAACAUUAGCAAAAUGGGGUCUCAAAUUUACUCAUCAACUCCUCAAUUCUCCUGCCAAUUUCCCAAAAUCAAAUCAAGACAAAUAUCUUCAUAUUCCUCAGUUCAGUUAAAACCAAGAAUCAGCAUCAUAAGUUGUCAGCAACAGCCACAGUCUACUGGUGUUGUUACUGAAACACCAGUUCCAAGAACUGCUAUAUACAAUGUCGACUUCAAGACUUUUGAAGAUUGUAAACUUGGCAUAUCCAGAUACCCAGAUUUUGUGUAUAAUGCACAAGGGGGUACAGGUACUGGAACUGGCAAAAGAAUUGAGUCGAGCGAUGAAAUUUCAAUUGAUUUUGACUUGGAAAAGUUGUACAUUCCUCCAUUAACAUCUGCAACUGCUAAGUUCUUGGGAUUGCCAUUGCCCCCUUUUCUGAAAAUUGACGUUGAACCUGAGCUCCUUAGAGGAUAUGUCAACCAAGAAACUGGCAAGGUUAAUCUGGAGUUCAAAGCCAAGUUCUGGUUUUCAGUUGGAAGCAUCUACAGAGCGCCACCACUGCUUGUGGAUACGUUAUUAACAUCAGACGAAUCGAAGGGAGGAAUGAGAGGAGGAAAAGGGGAGAGGCUAAAUGAAGAAGGAAGGUGCAAACUUGUUGGGGUGGCAACAGUUGAACCUAUUGACGACUUGUUUAUGAAUACAUUCCUUGGCCUUCCAACAGAAUGUCUUGCAAAGAUGAAUUCUACAAUCUCACUUUCCAGUACCUAGAGACUUUGCCAAGCAAUAGUUAUGUGAGAUCACAUUGUAUAGCUCUCAAACAUUGAUAUAAAAAGGAAGGUCAAUAAAUUGCAUAGUUAAGUUAAAGAACAUUCAAUAAUGGAUUUUGUAAACAGAAAGUGUAGAAUUCAUGGGAACCUGGACGUGAAUGUCCAUUGAUACGGGAUUUACAAUA